UACAAUUAAUUAUCAAAUACAAUCAUGGCACCCGCUAUUCUCGUCGGACCACCGGAAAUCCACCAACACUCACCCAAAUCCACCUCCACCGGCGAUGCAUUCAUCGAUCUUAUGGUUGCAGAUUUUAACACAACAACAACAACACUCCCGCCGUUAGGCCUCACUGAAAACCUCUCUCCCACCUUUCUCUUCACCGGAAAUCCCUGCUUGGAUUUCUUCUUCCACAUCGUCCCUGACACGCCUCCUCAAUUCCUGACCGAUCGCCUCAAGCUCGCCUGGGAUCAGGAUCCUCUCAAGGCUCUCAAGCUCGUCUGCAAUCUCCGUGGAGUCAGAGGCACCGGCAAAUCGGAUAAAGAGGGUUUCUACACCGCCGCCCUCUGGCUGCACCACCACCACCCCAAAACCCUUGCUUCCAACGCUGCUUCCUUCGCUGAAUUCGGCUAUUUCAAGGAUUUGCUCGAGAUCCUCUUCCGCCUCCUCGAAGGGCCUGAGGCACGCCAAUUGGCCAAACAGAUUGGAGAGUUAUGGAAUUCAUCUCAGUCGAAGAAUCGGAAUGCAAAGAGGAGAAGAGGCAUCACCUAUACGGCUGAGUUCAAUAGAUUGAACAAAUCGACGCCUGAAGAGAAGAGGAUCGAGAGAGCGAAGAGAGUGGUGGACAGAUUCAAUCACGACCCCAAUUUCAAGUUCCUGCACGACUGCGUUUCCGAUCUCUUCGCUCAGCAGUUGAGAUCGGAUAUGGAGAUGCACAAAUCAGGGAAUUUCAACAAAAUCAGCCUCGCCGCCAAAUGGUGCCCCUCUCUGGAUUCGUCCUUCGACAGAAUAACUCUGCUGUGUGAGACUGUAGCGAAGAAGGUGUUUCCGAGGGCGGAAUUUGCAGAGUACGAAGGCGUGGAGGAGGCGCAUUACGCGUAUCGGGUGAGGGAUCGUCUGAGGAAGGAGGUGCUGGUGCCGCUGCGCAAGGCAUUGGAGCUGCCGGAGGUUUACAUCGGCGCCAAUCAAUGGGGAACUCUGCCAUACAACAGAGUGGCCUCUGUGGCGAUGAAAACAUACAAGACUCUCUUCUUCAAGCACGAUGAACAAAGGUUUAAAGAGUAUCUCGAUAAAGUGAAGUCCGGCAAAGCCACGAUUGCCGCCGGCGCAUUGCUUCCUCACGAGAUAAUAGAAUCCUUGAACGAUGAGAAUGGCGGAGAAGUGGCGGAGCUGCAGUGGAGGAGAAUGGUGGAUGACAUGGCUAAAAUUGGGAAAUUGAGCAAUUGCCUUGCAGUGUGUGAUGUCUCCGGGAGCAUGUCCGGGAUUCCGAUGGAGGUGUCGGUGGCGUUAGGGGUGCUUGUGUCGGAACUGAGCGAGGAGCCAUGGAAGGGGAAGGUGAUCACAUUCAGCGAAAACCCGAGGCUUCAGAGAGUGGAAGGGGAGAGGUUGAAAUCGAAGACGGAGUUUGUGAGAAGAAUGGAAUGGGGAAUGAACACUGAUUUCCAAAAGGUGUUUGAUUUGAUACUCAAAGUGGCUGUGAAAGGGAAUCUGAAAGCGGAAGAGAUGAUAAAGAGGCUGUUUGUGUUCAGUGAUAUGGAAUUCGAUCAGGCUUCAUCGAAUCCAUGGGAGACGGAUUAUGAGGCGAUAGUGAGGAAGUAUAGAGAGAAGGGAUAUGGAGAGUGUGUGCCGGAGAUUGUGUUUUGGAAUCUGAGGGAUUCAAGAGCGACGCCGGUGCCGGCCAAUCAGAAAGGGGUGGCGCUUGUGAGUGGAUUCUCCAAGAAUUUGAUGAAAAUAUUUCUUGAAGAAGGUGGAGUGAUGGAUCCAGUGGCAGUGAUGGAAGCUGCCAUUUCUGGGAAAGAAUAUGAUAAACUGGUUGUGCUGGAUUGACUUUCAAAUAUGUAUAUGCUCCAUAAUUCAAUGCUUUCUCUACC